CAUGCUAAGGAAACUUUUGGAGGAGGGUGACCUUACCUUAACCACUAAGAGUAAAAACAUUCUUUCCAUGAAAAUCCCAGGAUAUGGAAAAAUAUGGGAUGUUUUGGAAGAUUCCAAAAGUUAAUGACUGUCGCAUUUGUGGUGAUCCUCACUCCCGUCUCCGCUUUGCUUUUGUGGAGUUCAGUGACGAAUAUUCUGCAAGAGGAUCACUUAACAUCUCUGGAACAAUUUUAGUUUUUUCACCACUGAAGGUCUUGCCUUCAAAAACUGCUAUCCUUCCUGUGAACCCCACAUUUCUUCCUAGGUCCGAGGAUGAGCGUGAGAUGUGUGCCAGGACAGUUUACUGUACAAACAUAGACAAAAAGGUCACUCAAGCUGACGUCAAGGAUUUCUUCGAAACAAGAUGUGGCACGGUUUCUCGUCUAAGGCUUUUGGGGGAUCAAGUCCACUCAACCCGAAUUGCUUUUGUUUAGUUUGUGAUGAUAGUGCAAUUCUGGCUUUGGACUGCUGUGGUGAAAUUCUGGGAUCUCAACGCAUUAGGGUGAGUCCAUCAAAGACACCAGUGAGGCCACGGGCUCUGCGAGCUCCUAUGGCUUAGCGAUGUGCAGUGCUCAUGGAGGACAAUGAAAACAAACUAUUAGU